AUGGACUCAUAUGAUUUGAUAGCAAAUCAACCUGUUGUAAUUGAUAAUGGGUCUGGAGUAAUAAAAGCUGGUUUCGCUGGAGAUCAGACUCCCAAAUGUCGUUUUGCAAAUUUUGUUGGACGGCCGAAACAUGUUAGGGUCAUGGCUGGUGCCCUUGAGGGUGAUUUAUUCAUCGGUCCUAAAGCCCAAGAAUACCGUGGGUUGUUGGCAUUAAAGUAUCCUAUGGAACAUGGCAUAGUCACAGAUUGGAAUGAUAUGGAACGGAUUUGGCAAUACAUUUAUAGUAAAGAUCAAUUGCAGGUGUUUCCAGAGGAGCAUCCGGUAUUAUUAACGGAAGCACCACUGAACCCUUUAAAAGUCCGGGAAAAGUCAGCUGAAAUUUUCUUUGAAACUUUCAAUGUACCUGCAUUGCACAUUCAAAUGCAAGCUGUACUUUCACUUUAUUCAACGGGUCGUACAACAGGCGUGGUUUUAGAUUCAGGAGAUGGUGUUACUCAUGUUGUACCCAUCUUCGAAGGUUUCGCUAUACAGCAUGGAAUUGAGAGAAUGGAUGUGGCAGGACGAGAUGUUACAAGGUAUUUGCGUUUGCUGCUUCGAAAAGAAGGUGCUGACUUCCAUCGUUCAUCAGAAUUUGAAAUUGUUCGAGAAAUUAAAGAAAAAUUAUGUUACAUUGCGACAAAUGGUACGAAAGAAGAAAGUAGUGAAAGUGAAAAAGUAACAUAUAAGCUUCCUGAUGGUUCGGUGUUCGAAAUUGGACCGUCAAGAUUUCGUGCAGCCGAAAUAUUAUUUCGGCCAGAUAUCAUUGGUGAAGAGUGGCCUGGCAUUGCUAGUGCGCUUGAUAUGUCUAUAAGACGAUGUGAAAUCGAUUUGCGUAAAAAUUUGUACAGCAAUAUAAUAUUAAGUGGUGGUUCAACCAUGUUUGCUGGAUUUGGUGAUCGAUUAUUAGCAGAAACACGCAUGUUAGCACCGAAGGAUGUAAAAAUUCGAAUAUCAGCACCACAAGAACGAUUAUAUGGGACUUGGAUAGGUGGUUCAAUUCUAGCUAGUCUUGAUACAUUCAAGAGAAUGUGGGUUAGUAAAAGAGAAUAUGAAGAUGAAGGGAAGAGGGUACUGCAUAGGAAGACAUUUUAA